UCAUCAACAGAAAACAAAAAAAUACACCCGAAAUGGGUCGGUUUAAUUUAAUAAAAAAGAAGCAAUCUAGCAAGAUGCGACGACAUACAAUUUAUGAAGAAAAUACAGACGAUUAUUAUUUGACACCCGAAGAGGUACGGCAAUCGAUUGAGCGGUGGUCAUUCCUUUGGCACUGUAGUGAUUCUGAUUCUAAUUCCGAAUCGGGGAGCAGUUUAACGUCACCAUUGUUGCAACAUGAUCCAUCUGCUUAUGGAGACUGGCAUGUGCGGGGUGAAGAAUUUAAUAUAGAGACUACCGGCAAGGAAAUGCUGAUGAAUCUAAGCAAAUUUCCCUAUCCGGAGAUAAUCAAACCGCCCGUUUUGCUAGAUACCAAGUUGCCCAAAACUCUGCGGGUUAAUCACUGGCCCUAUAUUACACACAAAAUCUUUGACUACGUAAUGCCGGACAUAUAUAUUCGGUCCAUGGAGUUCAUGAAGAAACCCGUAUGUGAGGGUGCCGUGGGUUAUGAUCCUUUGUAUUAUGGGUCAUCAAUUUUGAUCAACCCUCUGUGCAAGUACAGUAAGCCUCGCAAUUUUGCACCCACAUGGACCAAUACUAGCUUGGUUUCCUGGAUAGAUGGACGUCGUUUUGCCAAGAUGGUGAAACGUAAUGCCUCGCAGAUGGGAAAUGAGAAGCUACUUCGGUGGACUAAGGUUCUCCCGUCCUGGAGCAAUAAACUCCUGGCUGGACUAAGAAAGGACCCGGACGUUAAGCUAAUUGCAAGGUGGAAGCGUCCCAGGACAAGACUUUUUUUGAAUUCAGAAUACGAUGCGAUGGACAAGCAAUGGGAUGUGCGCGAAGAGGAGACGUUGCCAUCGGAUGAAUAUUACGCAGAUUAUGUAAAUGAUGAUCCCGAAACACAGCGAUCAUGGAACUCCUCAGCUUCUGACGAUUUUAUGCCGAGGAUAACCAAAUCCCAGUCGGAUCUCAAUCUCGAAUAUUUAAAGACAAGGCCGAUAAUAAGACGUUAUUAUAGUUCGAGCAGUCUUUAUUAGUUAUCUUAAUUGAAGACUUAUCGUCUUUAGAAGAAGGGUCGAAGUCACUUGUAAAUGGAAAGAAUUGUUUAAGCACACCGCAAAUGGUCAAUUAUCAAAAUCAAAAGUUCAUUCAAAAAAAAACGCCACUCUCAAGACCCCCUAUUCCGAUUUCACGCAAUUAAAAAGACCAGCAGUUAAACGAGGAAAAAGAGCGGCAAUUGUAACAGGCGGCAAGCUCAUCGAUCAGUUGAAAUUAAUAAAAUACUCAAUAAAUGCGCUCACAAAAACGUGUGCAAACAAUCGAUCAAUCAGCGAUUUGACAGGCCCGCAAAUCGCUGGGUGAGUUGGUUUCGGAAUCACCGACUCGGUUUUGGCUUGGAUCUGGGGACUUGGAACAGCGAUUGGGAUUGCGUCUGGAGGCCGAGUUGGCUGACAGCCAGUCUGCUACCAAUCUGCGAGUCGAGACUUCAAAACAAUUACACAGCAACAUUUCCAAGAGCCGAGAGUAUCUGUGUAUCUUUAAGGUACAGGCGCAUCUGUAUAUCUUAGGGGAUGAGUUUCUCAGUUUUCGAAUCUGAAUCAUGAAACCAUAAUCGGAAUCGGGCAACUGCCACCGUACAACUGCGACGACUGUUGGCCUGUUGAUUCGAGCGAUUAAUCGAUAACAAAUAAAAACAUUUCGACAACUACUUCCAAAGAACGCUCUCCCAGCAGCAACAAUACAGCAGUGCCAACUUCAGAACCACCACACAAAACCACAAUUCCCUUUUGCUGCAGUGGGGAAAAUUACUGGUAUAUAUUAAUACUAAUGUGUGGCCUGCAUGAAGCUAACAAGUAAAUAUCAAAUUCGAAGUGACAUUCAUUUGGAUUUAAUUUUACGUU